AUUACAUCGCAUAUCUACUCUAUACUUGACAACAGGGUAUCUAACGUGUACAUCUUUCACACCAGCCACGGUUUAAAUACAUUUUCAAGCUGGGUUGCGCUUCGUCAAAUUCAGCUCCCAACAGUCGCGAUUCACUUGAUAGGAAUGAAUCAGGACGUGACGGCAGAAACAUGGCGACCAGACGUGAAAGCGGCGGCAGCAGCAGAGUCGGUACUGGGCCUGCGUUGUCAGUACCACAGACACAGUUCCCAGCCAUCAAUUCACCCCAGAGACUUGGCUCCUCGACACCAUCACUGCAGUCUACAAGCAGGAGUAAGGUAGAAUUAAAGCCAGGGAGGUCAUUGAUGGACUGGAUUAGGCUAGGAAAGAGUGGACAAGAUUUGACAGGAGUCGGCGGUACAUUGACAAAUGUUACUAAAGAGGAAUUAUCGAAACACAAUAAAGAAGACGAUGUAUGGAUGUGUAUCAAAGGUAAAGUGUUUAAUGUGACAUCGUAUUUAGAAUAUCACCCAGGGGGUGUACAAGAAUUAAUGCGUGGAGCUGGAAAUGAUGCCACACAGUUAUUUAAUGAGGUUCAUAAAUGGGUGAAUUAUGAAUCUAUGCUUGAAAAAUGUUUUGUUGGUAAACUUGAAGUCACAACAUCAAGACAAGCAUCAGCGAGAUCUCUGAUUGGUGUGAAAGCACCACCACCCUUUGUGGAAUCAUCUCCAUUACAUCAAGAAAACAAAAUGGAUUACAUUGAUGGAAAAACAGAAAAUGAUAAUAAUUAUAAACAGGAAGCUAAUAAACAGAUUCCAAAGCAUGAUUGGUUCCAGAGUGAUAGCACAGUAACUAUUGUGAUUUACACCAAAUGCAAGACCAUGUCUGAAGAUAGAGUAAUGGUUGUUAAGACUAACAGUGAAAUCUAUAUUACUAUUUUUAUUGAAGAGUCUGUUUUAGAUUUACAAUGGGAUCUUGAAGAAGAUGUUGGUGUAGAACAUCAAGUCAGAGUUGGAAACAGUGGUAAAGUUGAAAUAGUUUUUAUAAAAGAAACUCAGGGUAAACAAUGGUCGUGUCUUGGAAUGCCCUUAUUUCACCACAACACGUUCAAGAAAACUAGUGAAAGAGAUGUGCAAUAUUUUUCAUGUACGCUGAAAAGUCGAGAGUCUAUCACUCAUGAUUCUUAUUUGCUAUGUUUUGAGUUACCAAUAGCAACAAGAAUGCCAGUACCCAUGGGUUACCAUGUUUAUCUCAAGGUGUCUGUUGAAGAGAUGGACCUUAUUAGGCCAUACACUGUUGUGUUGCCGUCCCUUGUAACUAAUCAAAUUGCUCAAGAGAUACUUAAUGGACGUAUAUUUUAUUUAAUUAUAAAACUUUAUCCAGAGGGCGCUCUCACUUCUGUUAUCAACAAAUUACAAAUUGGAGAUCAAGUUUUAAUUAGUAAUCCUGAGGGUAAUUUUAAUCAAAACAAGUACAUUUCUUGUCAACGCUUACUAUUGGUAUCUGCUGGUACAGGAUUCACUCCAAUGGUCAGACUGCUACAUCAUGCUUUACAUUUCUCACAUGAAAAUAGACAAAUCCAUAUGUUAUUUUUUAACAAAACACAACAGGACAUAUUAUGGCGAGAACAAUUGGAGAAGCUCCAAGAAGACAAUAGAUUCCAUUGUACCCACAUACUGUCUGCAGCAGAGGAUGACUGGGAUGGACCAACUGGUAGAAUUCGUUCAGAUAUACUGGAGAGUUUUGCACCAAAACCUAGCAGUGAUGCACAAACUCUAAUCUGUAUCUGUGGACCCACACCAUUUACAAUGACUGCAGUACAGCUUUUUGAAGAGUUUGGCUACAAACAAGAUGAAAUACAUGCUUUCCUUGGAUGA